AGCAUUAGCAACACCACCACUCAAGCAAAACAAAGAUGGACCCAAAGUUCGCCGGAAAGGCCGUCGCGGCCCCGUAUUCGGGGCGGACCGACAUCGACCAGAUGCCGGACACACCAAACCGAGGGGCCCACCACAGGCGGGCCCAGUCCGAAACCUUCUUCCGAUUCCCGGAUGACAUCCUCCUCGACGAUGUCGUGGCCGACUUCAACCUCGCUUCCCUCGAUAUCCCCUCUCUCUCCUCCGACACCGAAGCCAACGCCCCCAUGGCCCUUGAUUCCUCCAAAUCGGACUCAUCCAACGGCGGAGACAAGUCCAAGCCCACCAGGUCCACUGGCCCCACUCCCCACUUCCGCAGCUUGUCCGUCGGCGCCGACUUCUUUGAGGGCUUAGAGUUCACCUCCGGCGAUGGCGCCGCCGUCGCCGCCGAAUCCGAGAGAUUUGGCGGGAAGCCGCCGGCGGCCAGCCAUUAUCGUCACAGGCACAGUAACUCGAUGGACGGCUCGAUGUCGUCGUUUGAGGCCGAUUCAUCGGUGAUGAUCGAUGGAGUUAAGAAGACCAUGGCUCCUGAUCGGCUCGCUGAGCUCGCUCUCCUUGAUCCCAAGCGAGCUAAAAGAAUUCUUGCGAAUCGACAAUCUGCGGCACGUUCAAAGGAGCGAAAAAUACGAUAUACAAACGAGCUGGAGAGGAAAGUACAGACCCUUCAGACGGAAGCUACCACCCUCUCUGCACAGGUCACAAUGCUCCAGAGAGACACAACUGGAUUGACUACUGAGAACAAGGAACUCAAACUGCGGUUACAGGCGAUGGAACAACAAGCACAUCUUCGAGAUGCUUUGAAUGAAGCACUGAGGGAAGAAGUACAACGGCUUAAGAUAGCAACGGGUCAAAUCCCAGCUGCCAAUGGAAACCCCUUCAACAGAGCUCUACCUCCACAAUUCUCUUCCCACCCACAGAUGUUUCAGCAAUUCGGUACCAAUCAAACUCAGCAGCCCCGACAGCAACAUCAGACGCCAAAUGCUCAGCCCCAGCAGAGCUUCUCAGACUUCAAUCAGAGAGUUCCGUAAUAUCCCAGAAAUUUGUUAGCAAUUAUAAUUCGGUGUUUGUGGGGAAUUAGAUAGCUCGUUGGAAGGUCGCAUUCUGUAUAUAUGAAUGUGUUGUUGCAGAUAAAAGUUGUGAAGGGUGUGAUCAGUGCUUUGUAUGAGUUAUACAGAUGGUGGGUAUGUAUGUACUCUCUUAGGAUAGAAAUCAUAUGCUUAUAGAGUUAUUAGAUACUGGUGGAACAUGUCAUGAGUUAUGGCUAUUUGUACUUUUAAGAGAAAAAUAAUUUCUUUUAUUUGAAAUUCUGGUAAGAAGGUUGUUUUCUGGAGUUA